CCAGAUUCACAAAUGUUAUCUAACCUUGUUCUUGUGUUUAUAUUCUUCUGGCAAAAUUUUAUCUAAAUGUGCAAAACUUCAAAUUUGCAGAGUGCAGUUAGUAGCAGUAAUAUAUAGAUUAUACAUCCAACUCCAGGACCAGAAACAAUGGACACCAUUUUUUCAGUCAUGUUCAUUGCCUUUCAGGUGUCGCUCUCUCUCUUCAAACCCUCACUUGCCGCUGAAGCUAUUACUCGAUCCCAAACCCUGAGAGAUGGCAGAUUUCAAUUGGGUUUUUUCAAGACUGGUGUUUACAGGAGUCUACUGGCUUCAGCUUCAAGAGACAUCUGUGACAAUUACAGCCGUUGCGGCCCCAACGGAAUGUGUGACAUUAGCAAUUCAGAAGUUUGCAGCUGCUUAAAAGGGUUCCAACCAAAAGACCCUCAGAAUUGGAACUAUGGAGAUAAUUCGGCAGGUUGCGUGCGUGUUAAGCCGCUGAUAUGCCAAACCGGAGAUGUGUUUUUUAAAUAUGGGGGUGUGAAGUUGCCGGAUGCCACAAAUUCUCGGGUGGAACAAAGUAGGAGUGUUGAGGAAUGCACGGAAAAUUGCUUGAAUAACUGUUCAUGUAUUGCUUAUGCAAGCUCUAGUGUCAAAGGAGGAGGCAGUGACUGCACUGUUUGGUUUGGUGAUCUGAUCAGCCUUAGGCAGCUUCCUGACAGCGGGCAGGAUCUAUAUGUCCGAAUGCUUGCUUCUGAAUCAAAAAAUUCGCCUAAGACGAAGAUAAUAGCGAUAGCUGUAUCCGCUGUUUCCAUUGUUUUGGGGAUUUUCUUAGCCGUCUACUACACUUACAGAAGGAGGCAAAAGUUCAAAGAGAAACUGGGGAAAGAUGGAAUGAUGGUUCAGAACACUGCAGGACAGAAAGAAGACCUGGAGCUACCUUUGUUUAGCUUGUCCACAUUAAUCACAGCGACUGAUAACUUCUCGUUCAACACGAAGCUUGGAGAAGGUGGUUUUGGAUCUGUGUACAAGGGUAGACUAGAAGAUGGCCAAGAAAUGGCAGUGAAGAGACUGUCACAAAGUUCUGGUCAAGGACAGGCCGAGUUCAAAAAUGAAGUUAUACUGAUAGCCAAACUUCAGCACCGGAAUCUUGUAAAGCUUAUUGGUUGUUGCAUUGAGGGAGAUGAGAAAUUGCUGAUUUAUGAAUACAUGCCAAACAAAAGCUUGGACUUCUACAUCUUUGAUCAAACUCAAGGUAGAAAGUUGGAUUGGUCUCGACGCUUCCACAUUAUUCUUGGGAUCGCUAGGGGACUCCUCUAUCUGCAUCAAGAUUCCAGACUGAGGAUUAUUCAUAGAGAUCUUAAAGCCAGUAAUGUGCUGCUUGACAAAGAUAUGAACCCGAAAAUCUCAGACUUCGGCAUGGCUAGACUUUUUGGAGGAGAUCAAACUGAAGCAGUUACAAAACGAGUUGUUGGAACCUAUGGCUAUAUGGCACCAGAAUAUGCGAUUGAUGGUCAUUUCUCUAUAAAAUCCGAUGUUUUCAGCUUCGGUAUUUUACUGCUGGAGACACUGAGUGGAAAGAGAAGUAGAGGGUUUUAUGAUCCAAAUCACAAUCUCAACCUAAUUGGACAUGCGUGGCGAUUGUGGAAAGAAGGUCGGUCUUUAGAGCUGAUUGAUGAAUACUUAACAGACUCGUGCAGUCUAUCGGAAGUCUUGCGUUGCAUACAUGUUAGUCUUCUAUGUGUGCAACAGCUUCCUGAAGACAGGCCAACCAUGUCAUCUGUGGUUCUGAUGUUAGGUGGUGAGGGUGCAUUGCCUCAACCCAAAAUGCCAGGUCUCUUUAUAGGAAAAUACUCAUCAUCUGAAGCAGAAUCUUCGAAAGUAGGAGACGAGAACUCAGACAACUAUUUCUAUUUGUGGCAGAGCUUUGGCUAUCCUUCAGAUACCUAUUUACUAAAGGAACUGAGCGAAGCUUGGCAGCUGGGACUUCAAAGAUUGGUCAUGAGUUUUUAUCAAUUACCUGUUAAGGUUUCAGACACCUGAUCCAACGGGUUACUACUAGUUAGUCCAACACUGAUAUUGUCGUCAAAUUAAUUAUAUGCACGGCCCAAUAGUAAUGAGAUUUUAUAUAAAA